AUGUCCUUCGCGCCACCCGGCCCUCCGGGGUACUACACUUUCCGCCCGGGUCCCAGGGCGCAGCUCGCCACGUGGACGGACGAUGAGCCGGCGGCCGCGGACGCGCCUGAGCCACCGCGCUGGUGGGGCCACAAUGAGGACCUGUACAACAGGCCGAGACGGACGAGAGAGACGGUGCGCACGCCCGACUGGGAUCUCAGCGAUCGGGCGGCGCCGCUCGGACGGCGCCACAGGCCGGUGGCACUCGGCGCGUGGCAGCCCGCCGGCGAGUGGCAAAGGCAGACCACCGCCAAGCACCGCGCCGACCCGUGGGCGGCGCCAGUCGUCGGCACGCGGCGCGGCACACAGUCGUGGGCGCCGGCGCCGAAGAAGCCGCCCGCGAAGCAAGCUGGCGCCGGCCGACGGGUGCGGCCGUACGUGGCGUGGGCUGAGGCGAAGGAGGCAGCCCUCGCCGCCGAGGAGCGAGCGCUCGAGGCCUCGAAGCGCCGCUCCGAGGUGCUGCGCAAGGCGAUGCACGAGAAGCGGCGGGCGGAGAGGGAGGCUGCGCACCGCGCGCUCCUCGAGCAGCAGGCGCACGUCUGGCGCGAGAACCUCGCCCUCGCCCGGCAGAACCGCGCCAACCUCCUCCACUGCUCGUGCGAUCGGUCGACGCUCAGCCCGUCUGCGCAGCACGGCGACGGGGGUGGCGCCAAUGGCGGCGGCGAGGGCGGCGAGGGCGGCGCGAAGGGCGGCGCGGGGGAGGCGGCCCACGCGAUCCUCGGCCCGGAGCCAGCGAGCCUCGUACCGGCCUCGCUCGACUUUGGCGAGCUCCCCUCCCCGCCCUUGCGACCCCGCUCGCCGCCGCCGCCGCCGCCGCCAGAAGGCGGCGGCCAGACGGGCGAGGGCGCCGUCGUGCGGUGCGCCGCCACCCGGCACGCCGCGCCGCCGCCGCCCGCUGCUCCGCGCAGCGCCGCUUGGACGGUGCCUCCGCCCGCCUCGGGCGAGGGCGGGCCGCCGCGGAGGCAGAGGCAGCAGAGGCGGCCUCGCUCCCCCCCUGUGACGAUCGUGGCGGUCGACUGGCCGCCGAAGCCGCCGCCAGAGCCGCUUCCGGCGCCGCCACCGGCCGAGGAGGCGGCGGAGGUGUCGGCGCCGGCGGCGCCGGCGGUCGACUUCGAGGAGGAGGAGGCGUCGCCGGGCAGCACCCCCGUGAGCAAGGCGGUGCAGGAGGUGGUGCUCGAGGUGCAGGCGGCGGCCGCGGCCGCGGAGGAGGGGGGCGCCCCGGAGGAGGAGGGCGCCCCGGCGCUCGCCGAGCCGCCGACGACGGCAGAGGUCGACCCCGACGCCGGCUCACAGCUGCUGGAGGUUUCGUCACAGCUGCUGGAGGUUUCGCCGCGGGAGGCGCUGCAAGAGGCGGACUCGCCGGCUCCGCUGCGGGCGGCAGAGAUGUUCUUGGACAGCCCCUUCGCCUCGCAUUUCCUCCGGCAGGCUGUGGCCGCAUCUCGAAAGUGGCGCGUACUACACGGCGAGGGCAACAGCAAGAGUCGACAGCAGAACAUGGUCUCCUCCUCCUCCUACGCGGCGCCCGUCGCCUUCGUGCUUAUCGCAGUCACCCUGCUGCUGCCGGCCUCAUGGUUUGUCGCCCAGUGGCGCUCUGGCGCACUCACGAUCAGCGCGCGUCUACUGCGGCGCGUGCGUGGCAUCGUGCUCGUGCUCGUUGUCGUCGUGCUCUUCACGGCUUCGACCAUCGUGCUGCAGCUGGUCUUCGAGGCGGAGCACCACCGCAAGCCCUUCCUCAUCACAUACAUCUCCUUCUCGAUGCAAGCCCUCUACCUGCUGGGCUACCGCGUGCGAGCCGCCGCAGCCGUCGGGAGGCUGGUGCAGGGUUGGGGCGCGGCGCAGGGUGGGUACGCUGCCGUGCGGCACGUGGGCGACGAGGCCGGCCUGGAGAUGGCGCAGGCCUGCGCACCGCGCCGCGCCAUCGGGUCCGGCGGAGGGGCGGGCGGGGACGCUGGCGCCGCCGGCACCGGCCGUCCCUCCGAGGUGCCCUCUGAGGUUGGGCUCGUGUAUGUCGCCUGGCGGCUGGGCGGCCUGAUCCUUUGCGCGAACCUGCUCUUCAACGUGAGCCUGCAGUACACGAGCGUCUCCUCCGCCACCGUGAUCGCCUCCUCCUCCGCCGUGUGGACCCUCCUCUUCAGCGCGUGGCUGCUCGGAGAGCCCCUGUCUCUUCUUCGAGUCGCGUCUGUCUCCUGCGGCUUGGCCGGCGUCUUGCUCGUGGUGUACGGAGGGGCGGGCGAGGGCGCGUGGGGUGACGACGAGCACCACCACCACCCGCACGCCGCGCGGGCGCUCGCGCGCAUCUCCCACUCCGCCGCCGCCGUCGCGCACCGCGCGGAGCUAAAGCACGCCCUUGGCUCCGCGGGGCUGGUUGCUUCGGCGGCGUGCUACGGCGCAUACACGGUGCGGCUGAAGCGGGAGGUGCCGUCCGAGAAGGAGGCGCCGCUGCCCUACCUCUUCGGCCUCAUGGGCGCCUCGCUCCUCGCGGCCGGCCCGCCGGCGCUGCUGCUGCUGCACGCGACCGGUGUCGAGCGGCUCGAGCUGCCGGCGCGCGACAACCUGCUCGCCAUCUGCGGGAACGCGCUGCUCGGGACGGUGGUGGCCAACCUGCUGCUCGCCCGCGCCGCCCUCCUCACAUCACCCCUCGUCGUCGUGGUCGGCCUCUCCCUCUCCAUCCCUCUCGCCAUGGCCUCCGACGUAGCGAGGCAGCGAGAGCGCCUCACGCCGGCGCUCCUCGCCGGAGCACUCGCCGUCUGGCUCGCCUUCCUCGGCGUCUCGGUCGCCCGCGUGCCGAAGGACGGCGGGCUCCUCGGCCGGAUGUGCGCGCAUUGCCCGACUCGCUGCAGGCAUUGCGCAGGACUGUGGUGA